AUGGAGAAUGGGAGAGCCACGGAUGCGCCGAUUCACCAAACUCGGAUGAAUCGAUGGCCUGCAGUACUUAUGCUCGUGCUCAAGCGCUGGGACCCCAGGCGUGGGCUUGUGGACCACGAUGUCUACUGCAACAAUACCAUCACAGUUGCGGGGCUGCUGUACAAGUUGAAAUCAGCAGUUGCCCACAUCGGCCACACAGCCAUGUCAGGGCACUACGUGGCGUACCGUGCCGCAGCUGAUGGGGUUCGCAAGUACGACGACAGUCGCAUCGGUAAGACGACCACUGACUUUGUCACGGUUGCGCCCUCGGAGACGAUCUACGUGCUGAUCUACGAGAAGGUGACGGAGGCCAGUGAGAACCUCUUGCCUGCAGGUGUCAGUGCCGUCUCGAGCGAAAAGGAUUCAGAUGACUCGGAUUGCGUCUUGAUCCCAGCUUCAACGGCGGCCAGAGGUGGACCUUCCAACGAUGGUGAGAACGGCCAGCCAACAUUGACUGCGAAAGAGAUCAUGGAAGCCCUCAACAAAGCUGACAGGGAUCUGACCCCAGAUCAGCGGCACGUCUACUUGCUACGAGGAUUUGGCCGACGUCUGCCUGACAUGCCGAGUAUGGAGGCCAGUGCGGGCCCUCUGGCGGAGGCCUACGAUUCCGCUUUGCGGGUGCACAAGGUGAGGAAGAUGCUGCAGGACUACUGCACCGAGCUCGUCGAAAGCGGCGCUUCUGUGGGCACGGACGUUUUUAUCCGUAACCUCCAGAGCUCCGGUGUCAUCAAGGGGGGCAAGCACUGGGAGCCUGAGUUCUCACUGCAGGAUGUUGCCACGGAGUCGGGCAUCGUUGCCAUGACGGUCUCCAACCCGACCCAGCCGAUCCUCGACGAGUUGAUCUCGGCCCACAUCGCAUCCGGUACUGUGCAGGAGGAUGGCAUCGAGUCUUCGCUGUCCAUUCCCGGUUCCCGUGGAUCGCCACGCCACCGCGCUGGAAGUGACCGGCAGGCAUCGAAGUUGCCCAACGACCGGCACCUUCCCGCGGCGCCAACGGCUGGCUGUGAGCCCUUCGAGAAGUACACCUUCUUUGCCCAGUUGGGACGAGAUGUGCAGGAGAUUGGAGUCGGAUAUCCGGCUCUUUUCUUAUCCUACUGGGUGAAGAACUCACUCUAA